ACGGAGAUGGAGCGGAUCCAGCAGGAACAGAGCAAGGCCCAGCUCACAGACCUCCUCUCAGAACAGAGGGCCAAGGUGCUGCGGCUGCAGGCUGAGCUGGAGACCAGUGAACAGGUGCAGAGGGAUUUUGUACGACUGUCCCAGGCCCUGCAGGUGCGCCUAGAACGGAUCCGCCAGGCCGAGAGUCUGGAGCAAGUGCGCAGCAUCGUGGAUGAGGCGCCCCUCAGGGACAUCAGGGACAUCAAGGACACCUGAGGGGCUAGCACCCACCCACCCCGGGGGAGACUGCCUUUCCCCACUCCUGAACCAAGAGGCCUGGGCUUUGGGGGUCUCGGGAUAGUGUCUUCAUCCUCUCCAAACCUAGGGUUGAGGUGCCGGGGCUGCCGCUUCCCUGUCUCUCUAGCGCCUCCUCCCAGGGGUGGCUGGCCUCCUGCCCCCAAGGAUGACGCCUGGGUGGGAGUCCCAGCCCCCUCCGGGAACCAAAGGUGCAGGCUUAGCCCUGCGGCCUCCUGGCUGCCAUGCUGCCUCCUGGGUCCUGGUCCUCCUGCCGCUGUCUCCUGAGCCAGAGUAAUAGCCACAUCGCUUCCCCGACGCACAGCCGAGCUGUGAGCGGCAGCUGGGGGUCUCUGGCGCGUGGCCGCGGGUCCCUCCACCCGUG